AUGUCACCCCCAAGGAGAAGUCGUGCUACCGCUGCGGUGUUGCUGGACAUAUUUCUCGCGAGUGUCCCCAGGCUGGUUCGGGCGAUAACUACAAUGGUGCUGCCAGCGGCGGCCAAGAAUGCUACAAAUGCGGUCAAGUCGGUCAUAUCGCACGCAAUUGCUCUCAGGGCGGCAACUAUGGAGGCGGUUUCGGCGGUCACGGAGGAUACGGCGGUCGCCAGCAAACUUGCUACUCGUGUGGUGGCUUUGGCCACAUGGCCCGCGAUUGCACUCAUGGUCAGAAGUGCUACAACUGUGGAGAUGUCGGACAUGUAUCCCGCGACUGCCCCACUGAAGCCAAGGGUGAAAGAGUUUGCUACAAGUGCAAGCAACCUGGACACGUCCAGGCCGCUUGCCCUAACAACUAGUUGA